GGUUUGGCGUUUACUUUGUGGCUGACCAAACGUGAAGUACCACAAAAGGGACUCGAAAUGCUGAAGCAAACGCUGCUCGUCCUGGCUCUGUCCGCUCUGAGUGCCGCUGUGCUGGCAGCCGACUAUGAUCCUUACAUCGAUAUACCCUUCAAGAGAAUCAAGACUUCGGCUGAACGCAUCGAAUCGCAUGGCUAUCCGGCCGAAACGCACGAGGUGGUAACUGAGGACGGCUAUGUGCUGAACAUGUUCCGCAUACCGUAUUCACCGAAGCUGGCGAAUGGGAACGUACAGCGUCCGGCCGUGCUCAUACAGCACGGUUUGUUCAGCUGCUCCGAUUGUUUCCUGCUCAAUGGGCCGGACAAUGCUUUGGCCUACAACUAUGCGGAUGCGGGCUACGACGUUUGGCUGGGCAAUGCCCGUGGCAAUAUUUACUCACGCAACAACACCAGAUUAAGCACGAACCAUCCAUAUUUCUGGGCAUUCAGCUGGCACGAAAUCGGAGCUUACGAUCUGCCCGCCAUGAUAGAUCACAUCCUCGAGACAACCGGCGAGCAGGCUGUCCACUAUGUGGGUCACUCCCAAGGCUGCACCACCUUCUUUGUGAUGGGCGCCUGGCGACCCGAAUACAAUGCGAAGAUUAAGUCAGCUCACAUGCUGGCACCGCCCAUCUUCAUGGGCAACACGACUACUGGCAUGAUUUUAGCCACGGCUAAAUAUAUCGGCUCCCCUGGGCUGGGCGCCGAGUUGCUGCAGAACCAAGUCUUCCUACCCAUGAACCCGGUCAUUCAACGCAUUUUGGAUACGGCCUGCAGCAACGACCCCUACUUCCUGAGCUACUGCAAAACUCUGGCUCUGCUGUGGGCUGAUGGCGUGGGCAAUCUGAAUGUGACCCUUCUCCCACAAGUCGCUGAGACCCAUCCGGCUGGCAUUUCGACCAAUCAGGGCAUCCACUUCAUACAAUCCUAUGUGUCGAACGAAUUCCGUCGCUACGACUGGGGUCCAGCCAAGAACAAGGCUGUCUAUGGUACCGAGGUACCUCCCUCUUAUGACAUAACCAAGAUCACAUCGAAAGUUCAUCUGUAUGUGGGCCUGGCUGAUGAGUCGGCCAAUGUCAAGGAUGUUGCGCGGUUGCCCGAGCUGUUGCCCAACCUGGAGGAGCUGUACGAGAUACCCGAUGAGACGUGGGGACACUUGGACUUCAUAUUCGCCAGGCAGGUGAAAGAGGUGAUCAACGAUAAGGUGAUUGCCUCUAGCAAGGCCUACGAUCAGCUCUACAGCAACUAAACCUACGCAGUUGCCUAAUCUAAUCGCAAAUAGCUUGUGGACAAUGUUUCCAAAUAAACUUUACGCCAAAACGA